AUGGCAGCCUCAACUGAGCUUAUCCUUGAUCAAAGCCAUUCCAAUUUUCUAAAGCUGUUACCUUCACUGGGGAUCAAUACGACAGGUAGAGAUGCCAUUGAACAAGCCCUGACAAUCGUAUGGAUUGUAACCGUGCGUGCUUUUGUGACAUCAACAUCAUUAUAUGUGGGAUAUGAUGCUAUUUCUGGUGUAAGCUAUGUUGGUGAAGGAGAAACAGCGAAAAUCCCCAUAGCUUGGAUCGACAUCGAUCCAAAUGACAAUGCAAUGAGUCUGCAGCAACAAAUUGCCCAAAAUACACCUAUAAAGCACUCCUUGGCUGAAGAGAAGACACAUGCGUUCGAUACGAUCAUUACUUUCAGCAAUCAUAUGCAGGUCACGGCUGGCUUGUGUCUGAAUGUCACAAUUCAGGGCGAGAAACUUGUCGCAAAUUUGACAUUUUCAACGAUUGAGCAGGCCCUCGCAGACACUCUCCUCCGCAGUUUCAAUCAGGCAUUGACUUCGCUCAUCACAACCCCCUCUAUCCCCAUUGGUGAUCUUAAUCUCUGCUCGCAGCAUGACCUCGGGUUGUUAAAGGAUUUCACCUUAAAUAUUCAACCGCCUGGCGAUGAAUUAAUCCACGAUCUCUGUUUCAAACAUGCAAAGACUUAUCCCAACGAUCUUGCUGUGGCUUCCUAUGAUGGAAAUCUCACCUACGGCGAACUUGAUGAUCUGACCUCGCGGCUGGCGCACUAUCUUGUCCGCCAGGGUAUCCAACCAGAGACUUUUGUCGCAUGUUCCUUUCCUAAGUCAACCUGGGCCAUUGUUGUCCGUCUAGCCAUCCUAAAAGCAGGCGGUGCAUAUCUCUGCAUUGAUGCCAAAGACCCUGUCUCCUACCUCAACGCGAUAAUGAGGCGUGCAAAUGUCCGCCUUGUAAUUUCGUGUUCGGACCAUGUAGCCCAACUACAGCAUCUUUCAGUUGAUAGAAUCAUCGAAAUUAGCCCAUCGUUUGUCAACUCUCUCCCUUCUGUCCCGGGAAUCCCUUGCGAGGAGGUAAAACCAAGCAAUGUCGCUAUCUUGGUCUUCACCUCAGGCAGCACUGGGAAUCCCAAAGGCGUUGUGCAAGAGCAUCGCGCCUACACGGCUGGAGCUGUGGCCGAUGCAGAACAGUAUAAGAUCACGAGGGGUUCACGCCAGUUCCAAUCUGCUGCAAUGACAUUCACGGCUGGGGACCUGGACUACAUUACUUCCCUCGUUGUUGGUGCGUGUUGCUGUAUCCCACGGCCCAACGGUAGUCCCCGCGAAUGGGUUGAGGAUAUCAAUAGCACCCAGGCAACGCACUGUUUCUUCACUCCGACGGCUGCACUUGAAUUCUUGCCGGAAACUAUGCCGUCGUUGCAAUUUGUUCAGAUUGGCGGGGAGCCCAUGGCCGAGAGAGUGAUAUCCAGGUGGUCUGGGUAUGCUACAAUAGUUCAGAAGUAUGGCAUGAGCGAAGUGGCGACUGCCAUUGCCAUGAAUGCGGCUCUACGUGCGGGCCGUGGCACAGUUGUGGGCAGUACGGUCGUCUGCGCCCAUUGGGUAGUCAAUCCUCGCUCACCGGCACAGUUGAUGCCCGUCGGCGCAGUGGGGGAGCUUUUGGUCGAAGGACACAAUAUCACUCGAGGAUAUCUAGAUACACCCUCCACAAACAUUCUCGAGCCCCGGCCUCAAUGGCUAGUCGACCUGCAUCAGCGCAACACGAGGAUUAUUUGCUCUGGUGAUUUGGCCCGAAUCAAUCACGAUGGUCAACUGGAAAUUCUGGGCCGCAAGGAUAUGAUGCUCAAACUGGAGGGUGUUCGAAUCGAGCCCCAGGAAGUCGAGUCUUUCCUUCACCCCAGUCUUGGGUCACAAGAUGUAGUCAUCGCAGAUGUCCUCGGGGGAGUAAACUCUGAAAACAAAAGCAGAGGAGCAGCCUUGACCGCAUACAUCAAUCUGUCUACAAGCCAAGCUCAAGCAACAGAUCCCAUUACUUUUGAAGCUGUUAACGAGUCGCACCCAAAGCAUAACUUGGUACAGCGGAUGAAAAAGACGAUUGAGGAGACACUACCCAGCGAUUUACGUCCCACAUUAUAUUUGUUGGUGAACAGGAUUCCCAAAACCACGUCUAAUAAGACUAAUCGGAAGAAAUUGCAUAUGGCAGGUGAGGAGUGGUAUGCAUCACAGUAG